AUGGAUCAAGAGCUCGGGGCCGACAAUGUAGUGCUCUUGGAGCAUUUAUUGCGGGUUAAUCGUGAACAGCAACCGUUGUUCAAUAGCUUUGUCGUAAGACCUGAACAACUAGGAAAGUGUAACGCCGCGGUUUGGGCAUUCAGAACGCUGGAUAAGUUUCAAGUGCUGUAUGAGCUUUGUGAUGUGAUGCGGGACGACCACGCUUUGUCGGAUGUGGCCUUGUACGCUUUGCUGGAGAAGUUGAACCUGUUGUUCUCGCGUGGUCCGCAAUGGGAAGAGCCUCAGGUGCUGGACGUGAGAGCACUGACCGUAGCUCUGAUGGAGCUGCUGAUCAGGAUCUGCAACGUGGUGUGUGCUGAUGCAUUGACAUCGAAAGUAAGGCCAUCGUUGCAAAAAUCCGUUGUUGCAGCGAUUCGCCAGCAGUUCAUUGUAGAAUACACACAGGAGAUAUGGGAGAUGCUGGAAGACCCGAUGGUCAGUAAUACCGAACCAUAG